UCUAUUGAUUCUUCAGACUUCAAUCAAAGUCAACACCCCUUAGGUACUGAUGAAAUGGAUGCUGGAAAAUUGGAAUUGGGGAUCAUCUUCCUCAUUCAGACUGGAGUUGGGAUCCUUGGGAAUUCUUCCCUCCUUUGUCUUUACAACUUCUCUCUGCUCACUGGAUACAAGUGGAGACCCACAGAUGUAAUUCUUAGCCAACUCGUCCUAGCCAACUCCUUGGUCCUUUUCUCCAAAGGGAUCCCUCAAACAAUGGCAGCUUUUGGAUUGAAAAAUUUCCUAAAUAGUGCUGGAUGUAAAGUUGUUUUUUAUUAUUACAGAGUGGGCACAGGUGUUUCCUUUAGUAAUAUUUGCCUUCUAAAUGGCUUCCAGGCCAUUAUGCUUAACCCAAGUAUAUGCAGGCGGAUGGAGCACAAGAUUAGAUCCCCAAAGUUCAUUGGCUUCUGCUGUUCCCUCUGCUGGGUCCUGCAACUCUUGAUAAAUUCAUGCGUACCUAUCUUAGUGAAUAGAUCACUGAAUAGCGAAAACUUUACUGUGAAGAAAAGUCACGGAUACUGUUCCUGGAUAAUGCCAGAGAAAUUUAGCUCACUAUAUACAGUAAUAUAUUUUUCCCCUGGCUUUGUGACUUUGGGCUUCAUGAUCUGGGCCAGUGGCUCCAUGGUCAUUUUCUUGCACAAGCACAAGCAGAGAGUCCAGUACAUUCACAGCAAUAGCCUUUCCAAGCCCAGACGUUCUUAUGAGGCCAGAGCCACAUACACCAUCCUAAUCCUGACGAGCUCAUUUUUUACCUUUAAUUCAAUCUAUACCAUUUUGACUGUUUGGAUGACUCUGGUUGCAAAUCCAGGCCAGUGGAUGGUGAAUAGCUCUGUGCUGGUGGCAUCCUGUUUCCCAACAUUCAGCCCCUUUUUGCUCAUUGUCAAUGACAGCAGAGUUUUUAAGUUCUGCUUUGCUUGCAGGGCAAGGUGA